AUGGCCCUGCUCCGCGCCCCCUACUACCGCUACAGCAACGGGCUGGGCCCCUGCAUGCCUGUCACUUCCGCAGCCCCGACGUCCGAGCGCCUGCUGCGCCCCGUGUGCCUCGUGAAGCAGCUGGACUUCUCUCAACCGUCGCUCCCUCUGCUGCCGGGAGCCUCUGCGCCGCGCCCCGCCUCCCUCGCGUCGUGCUCCGCAGCAGCGUCUGCUCUCACCUCAUCAUCCUCGCCCUCCACUGCGUUGUCGUCCGCCACACUCCCGUGCUCACUGUCCAGCGUAGCCUCAUCCAGCAGAAGUGCAGCCCUUGACCAGUCGGCGGCAGCUUCGUCAUCUUCCCAGUCUCCGCCAGUCGGCCCACCAGCGUCGUCCUCGUCGACCGUUCCCGCGCCGUCGGUGGUGCCAAAAGGUCGAAGCUUCCAGUGCGUCUUCCACGGGUUCGCGUCCUUGUGCUCGCCCGCUCCUGAAGAGGACGCGAGCACGGGUAGGGGAACUCCCCCGACGCCGCCUCUUGCCCCGAGCCCUCCGUGCAUCAAGGCCGAAGGCAGCUCCCCCUCGUGCUUCCCGCCAGGCGCGCGGGCCCCCCCGGGCGCUGUGGGGGAUCUUUUCCCCGAGCCAGCACUUGUGGAACCGCCGCAGCGCCCGCCGCCGCCGCACGCGACCAGCCCGCCCUCAGACCCCUGGACCCUCCUAAAGCUUCAGCAGCAACAGCGGCAGUGCGACCCUCACCACCACCACCUCCAGCAGAGCCAACAACAGCGCGAGAAGCGCCACGCAGAGCCCGCACAAGGGCCUGGGCUCCCUGGGCUCGUCCGUGAGCGUGAAGGCGUCCGAGGGCGCCGGAGGCCUCGGCUGCUUCGGCUACAAGGGCGAGGACGAGGCGGCCUCAUCCGGCCGGCGACCAUCACGGAGGUGCGGGCCAGCGAGGCGCGCUUCGACCUGCCGCACUCGUACACGACGCUCGACCUGGACCGCCAGGCCGCCAUCCCCGUCUCGCAGCCCCACAUGCCGCCCACGCCCACCACGUUCGACAGCACCUCCGUUGCUGGCGGAGGCUCUACGCCCGUGGGCUCCAUCACUCCGAUGACCCCCGGGCCGGGCCCCCUGGUGGGCACCAACGGGCCGCUGCUACCCCACGGCCCCUUCGACUCCCUCAAGCCCCCCGCCACCUCAGACUACCCCACCUCCACGCACAACAGCUUCUUCAUGAACAAGGCCUGCGGGGCGGAGGUCAAGCUGAACGACACCACGCCGUGCUCCGUGGCCUGCAUGCCUCCUGCACCGCCCAACACCAUGUACCAGAGGUAA